AGUGCUGAGGAAACUCAUUUUUUGGUAAAAGAGCAUCAUGGUUUUUUGGCUGAAUUUCUAGCCGGGGUGAGAUCAGGACGCGGUGUUUGGAUGCAGGAACAUGAGGGAGAGAGACAGCAGGGCACGGGCAGUGCCCAGGUGGGGGUUCUCCCAGCGGGACGGGGCAGUGGGACAGGUGGCGCUCCGGUCGAGGACAUGCAGGCGCUGUCAAUCUCGUCUCUCUCCACCUCGGAGCUGGAACAGCAGUAUGAGCUGAUCGCUCCUUUAGGGAAGGGCACCUACGGCAAAGUCGACUUGGUGGUGCAUCGGACACAGGGUACUAAACUGGCUCUGAAGUAUGUGAGUAAGAACAAGACGAAGUUGCGCAGUUUUCUGCGUGAGUACAGCCUGACGGCCGCGCUGGGCUGCAGCCCGUUUAUCAUCAAAGUUCUGAACGUGCUGUUUGAGACGGAGGACAGCUAUGUGUUCGGACAGGAGUACGCGCCUGCGGGGGAUCUGUUCGACAUCAUCCCACCUCAGGCCGGUUUGCCGGAGGAGAUGGUCAAGCGCUGCGUUCAGCAGCUGGGUUUGGCUCUGGACUUCAUGCACAGCAAGAGUCUCGUCCAUCGAGACGUGAAGCCAGAAAACGUUCUGCUUUUUGACCGCGAGUGUCGACGCGUGAAAUUGGCAGAUUUAGGAAUGACACGCCGGGCAGGCAGCCGUAUCAAGAGGAUCAGCGGCACCAUCCCAUACACCGCAGCCGAGGUGUGCCAGGCCUCAGUAUCGGAGGGAAUCAUCGUGGCGACGACCCAGGACGUGUGGGCUUUUGGAGUUCUGCUGUUCUGCAUGCUGACGGGAAACUUUCCAUGGGAAGCAGCAUUGCCUAGUGAUGCAUUCUUUUCGGAAUUUCAGCGAUGGCAGCUGGGGGCGUUUCCUCCCGGCGUUGUUCCUUCCCAAUGGCGGCGGUUUUCAGACGAAGCGUUGCGCAUGUUCGGUCGGCUGUUAGCGCUGGAACCGGAGCGGCGCUGUGGGGUUAAAGAGGUCUUCUACUUCCUCAAAUACGACCUGCUCAAAACAUGUCAUCACCGCCGCAGAGCUUCCUGUAGGGCGUCUAGGGGCGGUUCCACACAUUGCUCCGCCCACAGACACGCAGAGCCCUCUCCACCUUCAGGAACUUCCUGUCUACGUCCCACCCCCCUCAAACGUAGCAUCCUGUCCGAACCACAUUCUUCUAGGGAGGAGUCCUCCAAAAGCCAGUCGCCCAACCCUCAAGACAAGAGCAAAGUGAUGAUGACCACUCCUAUUGAGAUUUGCGUAUGAAGCCCAAAACUAGAUAUAGCCA